AUGGAUCCCCCAUUGAUGGAGGCUCCGAAUGACUUCGGCAAUCCGCUCGCCAGGUGGAUGCACCACCACUGCAAGUCGUCCGUGGUAUACGUGGAGUUUCGCCCCAACCAAGCACGGGUUCUGCAGGAGUGGAACAACGUUGACCCCAUAGCUCAAGGUCCCGGGGCUGCAGAGCGGCUCGCCGCAAGGGAUGAGCAGAGCGGAGCCGCCAUGCGCUGCACGGGGUUCUUCCUCUCGGUCCCAACAGCCCCCCCGCAUCGCAUCCACGUCCUCACCGUCGCGCACGCCUUGCACCCGGUCUUCAACGCCGGCUUCCCCAUCACGGCGGCUCAGGCGGAAUGGAUGUACCAGCCAUGGAUCCUCUGCGAGCAUCUGGAGCAGGCCUUCCUGGACGGCGACGAGCAGCUGAGGCGUUUCACGCGAGGGCACAUUGUCAACAUCAGCUGUCAGAACGACCUGCUCGUGAUCCAGCUUACGCAAGCGCACAUGGCUGGCUACUGCGAGCAAGUGCACUGGCCAUUGUCCGUCGCGCAGCGCUUCCCGCCAUGUACUGACAGCGUCAUGAUGCUGUCCUGGCCUGAGGUGGGGAGGAGCGCCGCCACGGCGCGCGGCGAGAUUUCGCACCCGGACAGGAUGAUCCAGUACCUGGGCGGCCGCAACCCGUUUGGGUUCACGACAAGACUGUCUGAGGUUGGAAUCAGGUCGGAGCAGGGCAGCUCUGGGGCGCCGCUGUUGGACGGCUGGGGAGAGGUCGUGGGGGUGCUGCACGGCGGUAACACCGUCGUUUCCUUCUUUGUUGGCCUGACGGAGAUCAGGAACACCCUCAUGGGCUGGGGUCUCAUUUGAUGCUGGCGCCGAUUGACAUGCUGAGAGGACACGGUGAACUGACAAACAAAGAUCGAGCGUCCUGAUCGGGUCGAUUUUUUCUUCUCUCUCCGAUCAUACAUGAUGGCUGGCCUUUUUCCCUGCGGCCGGUGGCCCUCGACUCUCACGGAUCCUUCUUCUUUAGAAUUACUCUGUUUUCUGGCAUCUAUGCCUUGUUCGGAGUUUUGGUCAGAUGAGCAAUUUGUACAAACUAGGUCUUGUGCGUUUUAAUCUUGUCUAGGAACAUCAAGGUUGUUUGAUUGGGUACCUAAUCUCAGUCUCGUUAUGCAAACUUGCUUACAA